ACAGUAUAUUUAGCUAAAUAAUUUUCCAUGAAAAUACUUCAUGUUUGUAAGCAACGCGUUACUGUACCUUUAUGUAACAAAAGCAGAGUUCAGCAGAGAAAGACAAAAGUGAUGUGAAUUGACAAUAUUUUAAUGGGAGAGACAAAAGACUGUAAGUGAUCAAUGGACGCGGCAGCCAAUUGAUGCCCGGGGGCCUGCUUUGAUGUGGGUAUCCUCAGAGGGACGCCGGGGACAAUGCCCUCUUUGAGGGACACGAAUGGCAGACACUUCCCUCUCCCUCGAACACUCAGCGUCCCGAAUCUGGCUCGCUUUGAAUCUCACUGGGAUUUUUUACUUUAGACUCCCUUUUGGCUGCACAUUCCCCCCGUGUCACAUCAGCGCAUAUCCUUUUCGACAAAACUUUCUCCCUCUUUCUCUCACACUAAUUAAUUCAAACAACUCCCUGUUCCCUUCCGCCCAGCCAAUCCGUCGGCUCACCCUUUCUACCCCCUGCUCCCCCUCUUUCCUGAUCUGCGUCUCUGCAUCUCCCUCCCUCUGUCUCCUUUCAUAAAACCAAACCUCUUUGUGAUGGUCAGCCUUGGCAAGUUGCGCCCGAUUUGCUGUCAUAGUCUUAAUGAAUUCAUCUGUUUGUGCAUUGGCCAUGAGAGCAUCUCUCCCUCCCUUUCCUAUUCUCCCACCCCUCCUUCCCUCUCUCUGGUCUUCCCUCUGGGACUCUAUAUAUAUUCCAGGGACCACUUCAGGGGCCUAUUGUUCCUCAGAGUAACCUUACAGACAGAUGCCCUGCAUCACAGUGUGGGAGAGAGCCCAGAAAGUCAGGAGGAGGGAGACAGAGCCCCCAGACAAUAAGGACGAGGAAACUCUGCAGACCGGCCCGAUCUCCAUCACAUCUGCAUCCUCUUCAUUCAUUCUGCGACAAUCCCAUUUGUCCACCUGCUGUCAAAGUGGAGCGGGGGUCUGAUGGUGUAACACGAUGCUGCCACUCUUCAUCUCACUGCUGCUAAUGGGGCUGGAGUGUUUGCAGGGAGCCCCAGCAGGUAGAGAAGGCUACAGGAUCUCCCAGAGCGCUCUCAAAGCGCUGUCUGAACGGGGCACCGUUGUCCUGGAAGCUGCCAUGACGAGCGCCCUGUCUGCUCUGGAUCAUGCUUUGGCAGAAAGAAGCCAGACUGAGGCAGGAUGCCGAGGCUGCGCUCCCUGUCUGUUUCAGAACUGUGCACAGCUGUCAGGAUCCUGCUCAUCCCCGUCUAGUGCCUCGUCGGAGCCCAGCUGUGACGUGAUCAGCAAGGCUCAGAAGCUUCAAGGUGAGGCCGAGCGGAGCUGGGCUCUGAGUCAGGCCUGUGGGUACUACCAGCAUCGCUGUCUGCCAGGUGAGCUCAACACUGAGAGCUGCAUCAGGAUCAUGGGGGAGAGCUGCAGUGCCCGGGUCCUCCAGUGCAGCCUGCUUCACACAAUGCAGAACCUUGAACCUGACAUGCAGUCGCAUGCACAAGCAGUGUGCGGUCAGAGGUCAUCCAGAGUGCAGAACAACACACAGCCACGCUCAAGGAUAGUGGGUGGCUCCCCUGCACCUCUGGGCAGCUGGCCCUGGCUGGUCAACCUGCAGCUAAAUGGUGAGCUAAUGUGUGGAGGGGUCUUGGUGGACAGCUCCUGGGUAGUGACUGCAGCACAUUGUUUUGCUGGCAGCCGCAGCGAGAGCUACUGGACAGCUGCGGUAGGAGAGUUUGACAUUACCAAGAAAGACCCGGAUGAGCAGGUUCUCAAAGUGAACCGCGUCAUCCAGCACCCUAAGUUCAAUCCAAAGACUUUCAACAAUGACAUAGCCCUGGUGGAGCUGACAUCACCGGCGGUCCUGUCUGAACAUGUGACACCGGUAUGUCUUCCUUCGGGUGUGGACCCCCCAACAGGCAGUCCGUGUCUUGUGGCAGGCUGGGGGUCUCUCUAUGAAGAUGGGCCUUCUGCUGAUGUGGUGAUGGAGGCCAAGGUCCCCCUGCUUCCUCAGAACACCUGUAAGACCGCUCUCGGCAAAGAUCUGGUCACCAACACUAUGCUUUGUGCCGGCUAUCUCUCUGGAGGCAUAGACUCCUGUCAGGGGGACUCUGGAGGGCCCCUAAUCUACCAAGACCGAAUUUCAGGUCGCUUCCAGCUCUUUGGUGUCACCUCCUGGGGGGACGGCUGUGGAGAGAAAGGAAAACCUGGAGUUUACACACGUGUGUCUGCUUUCUCUGACUGGGUUCAGGCCGAGAUACAGAAGUCACUAGGGAGCAGGGAACCGACAUGCCCAGAGCUCCUGAAAACAACAGAAAUGACAGAGGAGGAGCAGAGGUCUGAGUUUAACUCUCUCUGUCAUUUCUACACCCUGACCUGUCCUCCCAGUCAGUCUGCUGGUGCCUGCAGUCGAAUGGCUGAGGACAAAUGCCUCACCCGCUUCAAGAAGUGCCAGUUGCGUUCAUUCCUGCAAACCAUGUUGGACUUACUCCAGAGGGCUGAAGACUACAUCAGGGACAAAAUGGACCUGACUUUCUUUACUCAGACUCUCCCUCAGCUUGUGGAGCACAUCUACAGUGCAGCUUUUACCCACAACAGAGAAAGGAGGGACCUCGGCUUGAACCAUGGCCUCAGUCAGAUUAAAGAACAGCUAGGGGGAGCUAUGAUACCAGCAGCACAGGAUCCGCCUCACGCUCCACCAUCUUUAUUUAGACAUGUGGGUCCUUCAGUGGAUGAGUGGGAGGAAUACCUGAGAAACAUGGCUGAUGACAUGGACAAACAGCACCAGACUAGAAUGACAGAUACUUCCUCCACACCAAAAAGUGACGAAGAAAAUAUUUUUCAACAGACACAGGAUUCUUGGGUGCAACAAUUGGCUGGACAAUUUCAGUCUCUUAUUUCUGGCCUUCACUUGAGACUGGGCUCCAGAGCAGCUCCACCUCUUCUGCAUUUGGACUCAGUCUAUCCUUAUGAAGACUCUCCUCACAGUCUUUCUUCAACCAUAGCAUUGGGCCACACUGCUCCAUCAUCCUCACCCCAAAAAUCCAGGGAGCCUUGGUCACUUCUGUCAGUGUUGAUGGAUGAACUUAGAGGAACAAGAGCAAAAGAUGAGACUGUGGAUGAUGGCGCUUCACAAAGUGAAGCUUCCUUCAGAGGAGCAGUUUCUCCUGAGUGGAGCGCCACAUCAGAGGAUUUCACAUUUGAUGACAUCGGGGAUGGAGGAGAAUUAAAACCUUCGGCAGCACCACUUCUGGACGUGUUGACAUCUGCCGUCAAGAAAGUGGAGCUUGCUCACACAGAAACCUCUGACCUCAAACGUGAUGGAACAUCAUUGGGUCUUCAAAGAAGACCCAGAAGUGUUCUUCAGAAGAGGCAGAUCCCUGCUACCAGUGAGAAAAUUUGUCCUGGAUUGAGAGAGUCUUCACGACAAGUUAGCCAAAUCCAAGAGACAUACAACUGGAUCCUAAACAUACCAAACAACAAUCUGCAGAUGAGCUUCCAAGAGGUUUUAGUCGAUUUGACCUCCAAAAAUGAUCGAGGACUUUACCAGGCACGGAUCAGAGCUGUUGUGGCAGGACGACCCUUGACCUUCUACAGUCUUGUGGGUCUUGAGAAUGAAUCGUUUUACCGCAGCGUGCCGAGGAUCAUCGCCGUGGCUCUAGACACUCUGAAGACUUAACCUUGAUUACCAGGAGAGAACUGAAAAAAUAAGAGCGGUCAUCAGCAGAAGAUGCUCAUCCAGCGCACACCUGCGAAUAUUCCUACUGUCUUCAGCAAAAGCCAUUAUUUUGACUUGCAGAGCCUGACUUUGACUCUCCAUGCAAACAUGAAUGUACCUGUUUCAUUGGUGACAACAUCCAGUUCUACUUUGCAACAUUUAUUGCCUUUUUGAUAAAGAUGUGCAAAACCCUUAAACUAAAUUAAGUUUUAUUACUACAACAAAAUUUCAAACAAAUGUAUUCAAUUCAGUACUUAAUCUCAGUUCUUUUAAAGUAAGGGGACGGUGAUCUUUAACAGCACAGGUUUUCUUUAAAGUUCAGUUAUCAGGAUCAUUAUUUGCCACAGAAAAUGACUGAUUGUCUGUUUGUUGAUUUGACCACAUGUUUUCAAACAAAAUUGUGUUAACCAAUUACAAAAAAUUUCCAGUUCAUUGGUGCGGCGCUUCAAAUCUUUUAUUAUAUCGAUUGGGUAUUUCAAAGAGUGAUGCCAUUUAACGAGUUUCCAAAAGAUCUUCAGAAACGAAAAAGGCCCAAGUGAAACAUAGCAUUGUCACCCAAAUCUCCAUCAAGUGCUUGUGUGAUUAGUGAUUUUCUUUAAAACUAUAGUUCCUAAAGCCUACCUAAAUCAAGGGCUGAAUUUCUUUACAACUUUCAAAGUGAAACUGUUACACUUUGCAAUAAGAGAGGCAUUUAGCUGAGGGUUUUUCACACAUCAUUAUCAGGGGUGUGAAUAAAUGUUGCCAGUAUUUGUGGUUGGAGAUGUAGCAAUGAUUAAGUUAUAAAUUUGUAUAAAAAAAUAACUUAUUCCUAAUGUAUUUUACAAAGGUUGAGCCUCUUGUGAAGCACACAGAUUGUA